ACCGAGCUAAGGUAGAUACUCUCUGUACCUUGCCUUACCUUAGACGGCUACCUAGCUACCUGUCUAUCUAUUUGGGCUAUCUUCCCUGCCUAUCCGUCGCAAUCGUGUCAUGAAUAGCACGACUGCCAUGCCUCAAUCUCAACAACCCAGUGGUGCCCUUGGCCAAAGGCAACAACAACAACUGUCACAGUUACAGACCCAACAGCAACCGCGACGACCGCAUGGCCCCCGUCUCUAUCACAAGAAGAGCAGGACAGGAUGCUUUAGGUGUAAGGGACGUCGCGUCAAGUGCGAUGAGCAAAGACCUGCAUGCGGUGGCUGCAGUAGGCACAUGGUAGAGUGCGUAUAUCCACCUCCCGCCACUGCUACCACCGAAGAACCUAGACAAGAUGCUUCUGCAUCAACCAGACGUGUACAAAGACCACGGCCUAGACAGUCGUCAUCUGAGGGGCCAAGGUCCGGACUGGGCGGCCGUCGCGGGCGACAUACGGGAAGCGGUACAGAUAAUCCCGCCUCGCUCUCGCCAUCUACGUCGAACCACUCUCCUCCAAGUGCGGGCCAUGACGAACCACAUGACCGCAAAAGGUCAAUACAUGGCCAUGACCAUCACAUGUACAACCAAGAGCCGCCGUCCUUGCUUCGCCUGCCACCGAUGGUACCAAACGGCGACCAGGAAGAAACACUAGACCCUCCCGAGUCCCGCGCCCGGCGGCUGACGGAGUUGCAACUCUUGCACCACUAUAUAUACCAGCAAGCGAAAACAUUCAAGCGGGUUCUGCCUUAUGAUAGGACAGGAAAGGAUGGAAAGCCGACGGGGCAGGAAACGUUUCUGUGGAGCUACGAGGCCAUUGAGAUGGCCUGGGAAUCGGACGGCAUAUUGUACGCCUUGCUGGCUCACUCGGCGCUAUGCAAGUACACAAAGGCGGCCGCGGACUUGAGGGAGAGGAGAAAAAACGACGAAGACGGCGAGCAGAGCCCCAAGCGCGACCCCGAGUGCGUCCGCUGGCUCGAGCUGCAGUCGCAGUACCUCUCGAUGGCGCUCCGGGAGCAGCGGCGGGCCGUCGACACGCUCAACAGGGGCACGGCUGACCUGGUGUGCAUGUCGGCCCUCACCAUUCUCAGCCACUCGUUCGCCCUCGUCCAGUCGUCCCCGACCCGGCCGAGGUGGCAGCCCCCCGUGGAGUGGCUGCAGAUGGGCCACGGCGCCGGCCAGGUCUUUCAGAUCGCAAAGAGCCACAUGCAGCUCGACCGCAUGGCCAGGUUCCUCACCACCCCGCCGCACUUUGACUUGGAGGACAUGUUUGCCGAGCGAAACAUGGCCCCCUUGCUGUGGUUGAUCGAGCGGCCCUUCCCGCAGCCCCACGUCGAGCCGUCGCCCUCGGUCAUGUCGACGACGUCGUCGUCGCUGGGCUCCAUCGAGGUGUUCAAGACUAGCAACAGCAACAGUCCGGUGCGCAGCUUGAUGGAGAUCAAGAUGGCGGCCUCUGGACCAUCGACACCGUCCGAUGUGGAUCCCGAAGGGCCGGAUACCGAGCUUCAGGACGACGCCAUCAAGGUGUAUCAUCGCGUUCUGAUGUACAUUGGGUGGGUAGAACGUGCCAUACAUGCACACAACACGGCCGACGAGCCCCUAUUCGCCGUCUGCCGCCGCUUCGGCGCCUUUGCCGUCUGGACGCCGCCUGCCUUUCAAGAGUUCCUGAUCCAGCGCCGGCCACGUGCCCUCGUCAUCCUGGCGUAUUUCUUCAGCCUCUGGAUACCGUUCCACGAGGUCUGGCUGAUUGGCAGCGCCGGCUCCGAUCAGCUCAAGGCCAUCCGCGAGGAGCUGCCGCCCCGGUGGAGGCAGAAGCUGGACGGCGUGGCGGAGAAGUAUGGCAUUCCCUGAGACAUACGUCUGCCCUGGGGGAAAACAUGAAAAUCUGCCCAAAAGACUUUCUUUUCUCCUAUGGUUCAAUGAUACUGUGGCUUUUUUUAUGAUUGGUUGACAAUGCAUUUCUUGGAGGGGUUUCAAAGGACUGACCUGGCUUGUGGCGGUUGGGCGUGCGGUGCAUUCCCUUUUUCUUU